AUGCUACUGACACUCCUCAGCCUGGUAUGUCCUGGGUUCUUUCUAGUCCAGAGGACCUGGGCGCAAGUGGGAGUCUACAGAAAACCCUCCCUCUCGGCCCUACCAGGUGCAUUGGUGAAAUCCGGGGAGAAUGUGACCCUGCAGUGUCACUCAGAGAUCCGGUUUGACACCUUCAUUGUGGUUCUGCACAGACAGGGAGUAAGUGAAGCCCAUGUGUAUCUUGCUGUGAAGCAUCAUCAUGGGCACUCACAGGGAAGCCUCUUCAUAGGACCUAUGACACCUGCCCAUGCCGGGACCUACACGUGCUAUGGUUCUCUCAGUAAGCACCCAUAUGAGUGCUCAGACCCCAGUGACCCUGUGGACAUCAAGAUCAGAGAUCUAAACAAGAAACCAUCUCUCUCAGCCCAGCAAGGCCCUGUGGUGAUGUCAGGAGAGAACGUGACCUUGUCUUGCAGCUCUGACCACCAGUUUCACAGAUUCCAUCUGUCCAGGGAUGGGGUGCCUCAGCGAUGGGGGCUCCCUGCGAUGCACAGUCACAAUGGUACAUUCCAGGCCAACUUCCUUUUGGGUCCUGUGAUCCAGGCAGAGACCUACAGAUGCUAUGGCUCUUUCAAUGACUCUCCCCACAACUGGUCACACCCAAGUGACCCUCUACACCUUUCUGUCACAGGUUCCCAUCUCCCUCCAGGUGGACUCAAGCCCUCCCAUGUUCUGAUUGCGCUGUCUGUGACCACCAUCCUUGCCUUUCUUGUCUGCUUCAUUCAUUGUUGGCACUCUACCCAAAAAAAUAAGUCUCAGGAAGAAGCAGCCGAUGCAGCUAUCACUAUCACGGAUCCAGAUCCUGAGGUGGACAGAACGGUGACUAGACAGGAUGCUGAAAGAAAAGAAACACAAGAGGUGGCCUACACAAACUUGGAUCAUUGUCUGGUCACACAGCAAACAAUCACUCCCUCUUCCAAGAAGCCCAAGAAAUCCUCCACAAGUAUCAGUGUGUACAUGGAAGUCAUGAAAUGCUAA